ACGUUUCGUUCCCGAGAUCUCUGGUUUUUACCCAAUCGUCCGGUUGACCGUAAUCGCGGUUUUUGGCCAAUCUUUAUCGCAAUCAGUUGGGCGAACAUAAACCGAUUUGAGUGCCCAUAAUCAGUUCGAGCCGAAUGUUGGGCAACAAGGGGAUAGUGCUGGAGCCACCGACUAACCCGCUAGUUAGUCGCUCGCGAUAGCUGCGAUUGCAAAGAUGUUCUUGACGGGCUAUUGGCUGCAGGUGGUGCUCUCCUGGGCGGUGGUGGCCUUCGCCACGGCCACCGUGGUGGUGGCGGUGCAGAAGGCUCAGCUGGCGAAGGACCUGCGCGAUGUGCAGGACAAGAUCGAUAUUUUCGAGGAGUGGAAUGGAGAGAGUCGCUAUCGGACGAAGCGUGAGGAUACGAUUGAUUACCGCCUGCCCACGGCGCUGGUGCCCACGCACUACGAACUCUACUGGCAUCCGGACUUGGAAACGGGCAGCUUCACCGGCCAGCUGAGGAUCAGGAUCCAGGUGGUGGAGGAAACCAACCAGAUUAUCCUGCACUCCUAUCUCCUGAACCUUACAAGUGUCUAUGUUCUGAACCGCGAAGUCGAGACGUUCGAACUGGAGGAGGAGCGACAGUUUCUGAUCAUCACCAUGACGGAAGUGCUGCCGGUGGAUGCUACGAUUACCCUGGGAAUCAUAUUCAAUGGCCAGAUGAAGGACAAGCUCGUGGGUCUCUACAGCAGUACCUACCAAAAUGAGGCGGGAGCCACAAGAACUAUUUCCACCACCAAAUUCGAGCCCACCUAUGCCCGCCAAGCCUUCCCUUGUUUCGAUGAACCUGCACUGAAAGCUACAUUCGCCAUCACAGUGGUGCAUCCCAGUGGUGCCUACCAUGCCGUUUCCAAUAUGCAGCAAACGGAAUCCAAUUACUUGGGCGACUACACGGAGGCAAUCUUCGAGACCAGCGUGUCGAUGAGCACCUACCUGGUCUGCAUCAUUGUGUCCGACUUCGCCUCCAAGUCCACCACAGUGAAGGCCAAUGGCAUUGGCGAGGACUUCUCCAUGCAGGCCUAUGCCACCUCCCAUCAAGUGGACAAAAUCGACUUCGCCCUGGAGUUCGGAGCAGCUGUCACCGAGUACUACAUCCAGUACUACAAGGUGCCCUACCCGCUGACCAAACUGGACAUGGCCGCCAUUCCCGACUUCGCUUCGGGGGCGAUGGAGCACUGGGGACUGGUCACCUACAGGGAGACUGCCCUGCUCUACGAUGACAGCUACAGUUCCACGGCCAACAAGCAGUCGAUUGCCGGAACCCUGGCCCACGAGAUUGUCCAUCAGUGGUUCGGAAAUCUGGUCACCAUGAAGUGGUGGAACGAUAUCUGGCUAAACGAGGGAUUCGCCCGCUUCAUGCAGUACAAGGGAGUCAACGCAGUCCACUCGGACUGGGGAAUGAUAGAGCAGUUCCAAAUCGUGGCCCUGCAGCCCGUUUUGGUCUACGAUGCCAAGCUAUCCUCCCACCCAAUUGUUCAGAAGGUUGAGACUCCCGAUGAGAUUACAGCCAUUUUCGACACAAUCAGUUACGAAAAGGGUGGCUCCGUGAUCCGCAUGCUGGAGACCCUUGUUGGGGCCGAUAAGUUCGAGGAGGCGGUGACCAAUUACCUGGUGAAGUACCAGUUCAAUAACACGGAGACCGAUGAUUUCCUCACCGAAGUGGACGCACUGGUAGACGACUUGGAUGUGAAGAAACUGAUGCUCACCUGGACCGAACAGAUGGGAUAUCCGGUUUUGAAUGUUUCCAAGGUGGCCGCAGGUUUUCAGAUCACCCAGCAGCGAUUCCUCUCCAAUCCAGUUAGUUACGAGGAGGCUCCGGAAGACAGUGCCUACGGGUACAAGUGGAGUGUUCCGAUCACCUAUACUGCCGAAGAUGGUUCGGAGGGCAGCCUGAUUUAUGACUACAAUGAGGACACCGUAGGCAUUGCCUUCAACGCCGAUGUUCAGUGGGUCAAGUUGAAUGUCCACCAGACGGGCUACUACCGUGUGAACUACGAGGAGAGCCUGUGGACCCUGCUCAUCCAGGAGUUGACCAGCAAUCCCGAUCGAUUCGACAUCGCGGAUCGUGCCCACCUCUUGAACGAUGCCUUUGCUCUGGCGGAUGCCAGCCAACUUUCCUACAAAGUUCCCCUGGAGAUGACCGCGUACUUGGGCCAGGAGCGUGACUUUGUGCCCUGGUAUGUGGCCGCCGACAAGCUCGUCUCCCUCCACCGCAGCCUCAUGUUCAGCGAGGGAUACGUGUCCUACCUCUCCUACGCCAGGACUCUGAUAACCGGAGUGUACGAGGAAGUGGGCUGGACUGUGGAUGCCAACAAUCACCUGAAAAAUCGCCUGAGGGUUUCCAUUUUGUCCGCUGCCUGUGCUUUGGGUGUGCCGGAUUGCUUGGAGCAGGCUGCCCAGCGCUUCAACGCCUUCCUCCAGAACCCGACCAGCCGACCUGCCCCCGAUCUUCGCGAGAUCGUCUACUACUAUGGAACGAAGCAGUCCACCAGCCAGUCGAAUUGGGAGCAGCUGUUCCAACUCUUCGUGGACGAAGACGAUGCCAGCGAGAAGUUGAAACUGAUGUAUGGACUGUCUGGCGUUCAGAAUAGCCAGCUUCUCUUCAAAUUCCUGGCACUGGCUGGGAAUGAGAGCAUUGUCCGCUCCCAGGACUACUUCACCUGUGUGCAGUACAUUGCCGCCAAUCCCGUGGGUGAACCUGUCGUUUGGGAAUUCUACCGCGAGCAGUGGCCACAGCUCUCCGCCCGUUUUAGUUUGAACGACCGCAACCUAGGCCGACUUAUCGCCCAGAUCACGGCCAACUUCAGGAGCUCCAUUAAGCUGGAGGAGGUGCAGCAGUUCUUCGAGAAGUACCCGGAAUCCGGAGCAGGAGCCAAUUCCCGAUUGGUGGCCGUGGAAACUAUCAAGUACAACAUCGAGUGGCUGGCCAGGAACCGUGCUGACAUCAGCGACUGGCUGAGUGGAACCGCCUCGCCGCUGACCAAGAAAAACCAAUUGUAAACUAUAUGUAGCAUAUUAAAAAACAAGCCAAUUAACCACUAAUUAGAAUUGCAUAAGAAACCAGCGAAAUUUCCGUUUGAGUUCAAUAAAAUGAAAUUCCAAAAUCAAACCAUAAA